AAAGUCCACUGUGUUAACAACCUUAGCUUCUAUGCCACUGAGCGAAGUAGCAUCUUCCGUCGUCGAACUCACACGCAGAUGCGUUUCGACCACCGCGCUAAAACGGGCGCGUCAGCUCCACGCUCUCGUCCUCACCGCCGGCGCAUCUCACGGCUCCCCGUACGCAAGCAACAACCUCAUCUCGAUGUACGCGAGGUGCGGCUCUCUGGAAACAGCGCGGAAAGUGUUCGACACAAUGCCUCAGAGAAACGUUGUCUCUUACAACGCGCUCUGUUCAGCGUAUUCCCGGAACCAGAGCUACGCGGGUUACGCUUUCGCUCUGAUAACACGUAUGGCGUCCGAGUCCUUGAAGCCCAACAGCUCGACUUUCACUAGCUUAGUGCAAGUCUGUGCCUUGCUUGAGGAUGUUUGGAUGGGAUCGCUGUUGCAUUCUCAGAUCAUAAAGCUUGGGUUUUUAGACAAUGUGGUUGUCCAGACAUCGGUUUUGGGGAUGUACUCCAGCUGCGGGGAGUUAGAGUCUGCGAGGAGAGUCUUUGAGUGUGUAGAGGGGGGUGGAGAUGCGGUGGUUUGGAACAGUAUGAUAUCCGGGAGCUUGAGAAAUGAUGAGAUUGAAGAAGGGCUUGCGCUGUUUAGAACCAUGUUGAUGUCUGGUGUUGAACCAACGCAGUUCACGUAUUCGAUGGUGCUCAGUGCUUGUAGUAAGCUGGGAAGCUAUUCAUUAGGGAAACUGAUUCAUGCCCGGAUAAUAGUCUCGGAUGGUUUAGCUGAUUCAGUUGUAGAAAACGCUCUUCUUGACAUGUAUUGUAGUUGUGGGGAUAUGAAAGAAGCGCUCUUUGUGUUUGAGAGGAUUCAGAACCCAAAUUUGGUUGCGUGGAACUCGGUUAUCUCGGGUUGUUCAGAGAAUGGAUUUGGAGAGGAAGCGAUUCUUAUGUAUGGAAGGUUACAGAGGAGGUCCACACGAAGGUCAGAUGAAUAUACUCUCUCUGCUGUUAUAUGUGCGACAGGGGAAACAGAGAGGUUCGUUCAUGGAAAGAGUCUCCAUGGACAGGUAAUGAAAUUAGGAUAUGAAAGGAGUGUUUUUGUUGGAACAACGCUCUUGUCAAUGUACUUCAAGAACGGGGAAGCUGAAUCUGCUCGGAAGGUGUUUGACGUGAUUACAGAGAGGGAUAUUGUUCUGUGGACUGAGAUGAUGGUAGGGCAAUCCAGAGUAGGAAACAGUGAGUGUGCCGUGCAAGUCUUCGUUGAAAUGUACAGAGAAAACAAUAGGACUGAUGGGUUUUCACUGAGCAGUGUCUUAGGAGCAUGUUCAGACAUGGCAUCGCUAAGACAAGGUGAAGCGUUCCAUUCCCUUACCGUGAAGACAGGAUUCGAUAGUGCUAUGACGGUAUGUGGAGCCCUAGUAGACAUGUACGGGAAAACCGGAGAAUACGAUGCUGCAGAAUCAGUGUUCUCUCUAGUUACAAAUCCAGAUUUGAAAUGCUGGAACUCAAUGCUAGGAGCUUAUAGUCAGCAUGGAAUGUUGGAGAAGGCUCUGAGUUUCUUUGAACAGAUCCUACAAAACGGUCUCACCCCUGAUGAAGUAACCUACUUGUCUUUACUAGUAGCCUGCAGCCACAGCGGAUCAACUCAGCAAGGCAAGUUCCUGUGGAACCAAAUGAAGGAGAGAGGCAUCAAAGCCGGGUUUAAGCACUAUUCUUGCAUGGUGAAUUUGGUAUCGAAAGCUGGGUUAGUAGACGAAGCAAUGGAACUGAUACAAGAAUCUCUUCCUGGAAACAACCAAACAGAGCUCUGGAGAACUCUGCUAAGCGCGUGUGUCAACACAAGAAACUUGCAGAUGGGGCUAUACGCAGGUGAGCAGAUCCUGAGACUUGAUCCAGAAGACACUGCAACGUACAUACUACUAUCGAAUCUUUAUGCGGUGAAAGGAAGAUGGGAGGAUGUUGCAGAGAUGAGAAGGAAGAUUAGAGGAUUAGCUUCUGCUAAAGAUCCAGGAUUGAGCUGGAUUGAAGUGAACAACAACAAUACUCAAGUUUUCUCCUCAGGAGACCAGUCUAACACAGAAGUAAUACAAGUGCAAGAUGAAUUACAUAGAUUAAAAAGUAAUAUGUUGUGUAGAUCAUCAUCCAUUGAACAAGAUCAAUUCAUUACAGAACCUGACGGUUUCCAUUAA